AUGAAAUUUGCCAUAAUACAAGACAGUGCCACUCCCACCACAUUAAUUGUAAGGCAAUACCUCAUGCAAAUUCACAGCACGACACACUUGGCCUUCCAUCAAAAGAAAGACAAUUCAAUUGUGGCCCUCAAACUGAUUAAAGUCAUAAAACGAGAUCGGCCAUCAAUUGAGAAUGCUGAUUCUCAAUUGAAUGCCACUUAUUUCACCAAUCAGGCCAGAUUACCUCACCACCCAAAAAGAGGUGAAAUACCAGAUGUAAAGAAACCAAGGUACGAGCUCCUAGCGCUCACCCACUCUGUCAUCAUUUGUACGAUAUGCCUGUGUCUGAAUGAAAUCCUGGCUUAA